CGCACUAUUGUUGUACGUUUGUUUAUUGCAUUCCCCCCUUACUUCAACCAUCUGCAAUUUUGAGAAAACUGAAAUAACAUUAAACCAACUUAAAAAUGCCCUGUGGCAAAAAUUUUAGGAGGAGAAAGGACUCGUCAGAUGUGGAGGAAGAUGAGACCACCGAAGAAGUCAGAUCCAAAGUGGAAGAGGCUAAAGAGCUUCAGAGUUUGCGGAGACGACAGAACGGGGUCAGUGUAACCGCCCUGUUGGUUGGAGAGAAACUGCCACCAGAAGCUGAAAUUGAUAAUGACCCAUUUAAAUUGAAGACUGGAGGGGUUGUAGACAUGAAGAAAGUCAAAGACAGGAACAGGGACAUGACAGAAGACGAGACAGACCUCAACCUGGGCACCUCUUUCUCUGCUGAAACUAACAGAAGAGACGAGGAUGCAGACAUGAUGAAAUAUAUUGAGACAGAGCUGAAAAAGAAGAAGGGCUUGGUGGAGGCUGAGGAACAGAAAAUUAAGGUGAAGAAUGCAGAGGACCACCUGUAUGAGCUGCCUGAGAACAUCCGAGUCAAUUCUGCCAAGAAGACGGAGGAGAUGUUAUCCAAUCAGAUGCUGAGUGGAAUCCCUGAAGUCGAUCUUGGCAUUGAUGCAAAGAUAAAGAACAUUAUCUUUACGGAAGAGGCAAAAGCCAAGCUUCUGGCAGAACAAAGGAACAAGAAAAAAGACCACGGCACAUCAUUUGUACCAACUAACAUCGCUGUCAACUACGUCCAACACAACCGCUUCUAUCAUGAGGAUGUGAAUGCACCACAGAGACACCACAGACACAGAGAGGAGCCCAAGGCAAGACCACUGCGUGUGGGAGACACUGAGAAACCAGGUCCAGAAGCAUCAUCGCCACCCAACUACCGCAAACGUCCAAACAACGAAAAGGCCACAGAUGACUACCACUAUGAGAAGUUCAAGAAGAUGAAUCGACGAUAUUGAGGAUAGAAUUUCUCAACAUGUUGUCCAUUUUUAUAUAAAUUGAGCCCUAAAAAUGAUUUGUAGACGGGUUUCCCAGAACAACGCAACUCCCAAGACAGUGUUGUAUCGUGUAAAUAUUAUGUAUAGCUCUGUGUCAUUACCUGUAGGCAGUCCAUCUGCUGUGUAAUGUGUUAUGGAUAAUUUGAGCUGAGGAAGUUGUUCAGAAACAUAUGUUAGGGUUAGGGUUAAAUGUGUAACCCUCUUGCUCCAAAUUGUUUAGUGUUUUCAUAUUGGUCCACGUAGAAGUCUCGACUUUCAGUUGUCAAAUUGUGUGUUUAAGGCUUUUCGAAAUGAGAUCUGAUUAAAAAGAUAAAACCAACAA